GCGGCCGGGCGAGGGGAGGAAGGAGAGGCGGCGUCUCCGGGGGCCGGCGCUGUAGAGCAACCCGGUGAGGGGAGAAGAGCGGGAGGCGGGCGGACGGGAGAGCCAUUCCCUCAUCGCCGCCGCCGCCGCCGCCGCCGCUGUGAGGCGCCUGAGGCGGGAAGGGGCCCGCGGCGCUUCCCUCCCUCCCUCCCUCCCGCUUCGCUUCGGACCCGCGAUGCCUUCUUCGCCGCCUCCGCCUCCCUCGCGGGGCUGAAGCGGGGGGACCCUCCCCGGCAGCCCCGAGUCCCCGGCCGGAGGAGCCACCAUGAGGAGCGGCGAGGACCUGGAGGGCUUCGACGGGGAGGCGUCGAGCACCUCCAUGAUCUCGGGCGCCAGCAGCCCUUACCAGCCCACCACCGAGCCCGUCAGCCAGCGCCACGGCCUCCGCGGCCUCCGCUGCCACCCCGACUACCUGAAGGGCACCCUGGGCAGGCUCAAGAUCGCCCAGGUGGUUUUGGCAUUGAUGUCCUUCAUUUGCAUAGAGACCAUCAUGGAAUGCUCCCCAUGCGAAGGCCUUUAUUUCUUUGAAUUCGUCAGCUGUAGUGCAUCUGUAGUUACGGGAGUUCUGUUGCUUAUGUUCAGUCUAAAUCUCCACACAAGAAUACCCCAGAUCAACUGGAAAAUUACAGAUUUGGUCAAUACUGGACUCUGCACUUUCUUCUUUUUCAUUGCAUCUGUAGUACUUGCUGCUCUAAACCACAGAAAAGGAGCAGAAAUUGCGGCUGUGAUAUUUGGUUUCCUGGCAACUGCAGUCUAUGCUGUGAAUUCAUUUUUAGCAGUAAAAAACUGGAGAAAUAACAGCCGGCAGCAAAACACAAGGCAGACCAGUGAUUACAUGCGGGCGCGGACAGAAUCGAGAGAAGUAGAUCAUCGCCCAGAGAUUCAGCGCCUGGAUGGAUGAAAAAAAAACCCUGCAUGCAGGGCAGGAAUCCCAAAGGAAAAAAAAUUAUUAGAAGUCUGCAGACCUUUUACCAUUUCCCCCCACUUUUAUAGGAAAUGAAGGAGAAGCAGGUGGUGGCAGAGAGCAGCUGUGUGUACAAAGAGAGGGAAGAAGACUUGACAGUUCGAAGCAGCCAGCAUGCAGGCUUUAAAAACUGACCUGUGUGAAUGAAGGUUUUUGUCCAUAAUCAUGAGGAACGGUGAUGAUAUUUUAACGCAACCAACUGUUUGGUGCACCUUUCUUUCUUGAGUUAAAGAAUCCAUGGAGAGACUUGGUUUCCAUCAUCCAAUAGAAAUGUUAGAAACAACACUGGUUCUGGAUUGUUCUUUCGAAAGUAAGGAUUUCCAAUACACAGAUGUUUUUACAGUGUGUGUGUUGCCUGGGGGCGGGGGGGGGGGGUCCAAUGGAGCAAUAGCAAUAUCAUGAAACGCCAAGUCUGUUUCCCUUCGCAAGAUUUGACAGUCACUCUUUCUUUCUUACCUUUGAUUGUAUACUUGUAAUAGACAACCAUGUCAAGUUUAUGGUUCGGGGAUUAGAGGGAUAGCAAUUAAAUAAGCUUUGGAUUGCCCAUAAAGCACAAUGGUUGCUCGGUUUGUGACCACAGCUUGGUAUGAACUAAGUCUAAUAAUACCACAUGCUGCAUUUUCUUUUCUUUUCCCCUUUAGAAGGAGACUGUAGAGGUCCACGUACAUUUCUGUUUGUGGAGCAAAAACAAGUAAUACAAAGUUGAUGCUGAAUCCUUUCCUUUUGCCAGAAUCUUAUCCCAGUGAAAGUUAAUUUUUUUCUUCAUCCUUUUAAUGUUCCAUCCUGGAAAAAUCCCGUUGUGAUGCAUGCACUGCUGUGUGGUUGAAAUUAUGUAAUUAUUCUGCGAGUUUGAUUUGCAUGGCUGCAAAUUUCAGUUGUUUGAAUUAGGCCAGUCUUUUUCUGAAUUGAAAUAUUUUGAAUAAUUUAGUUGAAGAUGCGUAAAUUAACUUUAGAUACCCAGAGAAAUUUGUAGAAUAUUUGGGCAAAUUUUUAUGGGUGAAAGCUAUUUUUUUAUUAGUGGCGCAGACUGGAUAAUGCAGUCCACCUAGUUUACGUGGAUUCGGCCUUCUCUCUAUCUUUGUGGAAAAAUAUUGUACUCCUCAGGCAGGCAACUGGAGUUUAUAGCCAGCAAUUUGAAGCUCGUUGGCUUUGUGGGUUGUGUAAAAAGGUUUGAUGCAAUGUUGUCCUCCCAUGAAUGGAAGGGUAUCUUUUGGAAAUCGCUGUCUAUAGGAGACAAUGUCCAUUCUUCUCAAAAUGUAAAGAAUGUAUCCCCAACUUAAGUGUGCGUGGGAAGAUGCUUUUUCUCUCAGAGAUCAGUUUUUGUGUUCUCUUGACAAAAUCAGCAGUUAGAUUUUAAGGCUUCUCAGUUGUGAGAUGGAAAGAAUCUCAUUCUUAUGUUUGUUGAUAGUGUCAGUGGUUGUUAUAGGCACCUCUGAACUCCAUGCUUGCGUCUUACUUCCCUGAUAGCUUGGGUCUAAAAAGUGCAUUUGAGCCUGUGAGAUUCGCUCCAACCGAUUUCCUUUGGUUUUCCUGUCUCAUCAAGUCUGUCUUCCAAAAAGUAUCCAUGAUUUAAACAUCAGUAGCAAAUUCAGUUUACCACCCUAAGAAUGUCUGUUUUUAUUUAAUUUUUAAAAAUGUUUCUGGGCAUUUGGCUGUGGAGAUAAGCUGGCGGACACACUAGAAGUGAAGUUGCUAGUGGUUGGAAGGAAUUUCAGAGCUUUGCUUAUAGCACCUAUGAACAGCACCAGGUAAACCAAAUAAGUGAAAAUAUGUAAAUAUGCCUGAUUUGCAUAACAGGCUGGAGAAUUUGUUCACAACAGUGAAAUCAUUAAUUGUGUUUUGUUUUAAAAUCAUGGAUUGUUUAUAGCCCUGGUAAUUCUCAGAAAAAACUGAGCCUUCUGACUGCAUUACUGUAAACAGCAGUACUGUAAUCAAAGCUCUGCUCACAACCUGAAUUUUAAUGUGACAGGAGUCUGUUUCAGGUAGCUGGCUCAAAGUUGACUCAGCCUUCCAGUGUGGUGUAGUGGUUAAGAGCAGGUGCACUCUAAUCUGGAGA